UACGGAUUGCACAAUUCGUCUCACAAUUAAUUUAUGAUCCAAAGCGAUUCCGCAACGGUCACCGCGCUGUAUAUUCUAAAAAUCCGUCCAAGGCUACUUCGUGGAGACUGAAGCAAGGCCGUAUAGACUGAAGAGGCUCAAGCAAGUAAACAAAAGCAGGGAAGAUCGUUGUGCUACCAUAUUAAGUUUCCUUCGUCAAAGAGAUUAUUUUUUACUACUAAUUUCAACAAACAGGCCUUUCAAACUUCUGUUUCUGCAUGAAUCGGUUUAUUCUUCUUAAAGAAUGAAUAUUCAAUAUGGGGAAAAACAUGUGAAUCAACUAAUUCAGCUGCAAAGAAUAUUUAAGUGGAAGAUAAAAUACGGGUAUGUGGAAGGGAUACUUCAAUUUGGUACUGUUUCAUAUACUGCGCUUUUCAGACAACUUUUUUUUGCCUCGGGCGCCAAGCAUUAUUUUCACGGUGACUAUAAAUAUUUGAUUGUUUUGAGCCGACAACAUAGCGGAGUAAAUAGUUGAUGAUAGGGGUAUGGAUGUUGCGUUGUACGGUAAUAUCGAGACCGUAUAUAGGGUAAUAUUCUGAAAUGCAAGCAAUGGAAGCGAAAGGGCUUGCAAGACAAAGUGAAGUGCCAGGAGAUGGAGACCAGGAAGUUAAUUCAACUACAAUGUCAAAUCUUCUCAUGGUUCUUCAGUCUGAAGAAGUUGAUCUUUUGGACAAAGUUUUAUUAGAAAUGCUGGUUGAAGAUAUCAAGGAGUUGCUUCAUCAAGCUGAGGCUCAUGUGCAGUUUGAGGACACUUGGGCAACUUUGGAGAGGUGGAAGCUCCAUGCCUUUCUGGUCUCCAGUCUAGGGUCACUGCCACGGAUGAUAGCAAGUGCAGAUGUCACAGUUCCGUACCACCACAAGUUUGCAUUGAAUGUGCUGGCUUCAUUGGUGCCACAUGAGAAUGUGUUUGUUCACCUGCAAGCUGAACAUAAAGAGGUGCUCUCUGCUCUGGUACAGUCCUGUGAGGCCCUGAAUGUCAGCGCGGCCUUGUGCCUGCCACUGGCGGCUGUCAUCUCAGCCUGUCUGGAGCACAAAGCAGGCAGACAAUGGGCCGAUCAGACAGGUGUUUGGUCGAUGCUGAUAUCGGCGGUGCUGUCAUCUGGUGGCGGCCGGUACAAACCCUCACUGCACCGACUGCUGAUUGGUCGCCUGGCGCGGCUGUGGGCGGGGCCCGCUGCAGAGGUGAAGGGUCCUCUGGAGGCGCUCACCAGGUUCCUGGUGAUACCGUCCCGGCGACUGAUGCAGCCUGUGGAGAGGGACUGUCCGCCGGCCUGGCUGAGCUGCUGUGAGGUGCUACUGCGGCUGGUUCAGCACCUGCUCAGACAGCCGGACUGUCGCGCCCUGACUCAGACGGACCACCAUAGGCGGCUCAUAUUGACCCUCAAACAGCAGGUGGCACCACCGAUGGAAGUAUCGCCGUCCCCGUUCAUCCCCGCUCAGCUGUUUGUCGGCCUGCACCUGCUCGACCAAUCAGCGUCCGAGGAAUCUGUGAAGACAGCGGUACAGAGGGCGUGCAAAGCGCUCAGCCGUCAGGCCGAGAGAAAAGAUGCGCUCCGUAACGUCACCUCCUUGGUCCUGGAUGCCUGCCUGUUGGGCGGUACCAGGUGCUGCCACCUAUCGGCAAUAGCUGCAGCUCCAGUGUGGUCGGUCCUCCACAGAUGGCGGGCGUUGAAACUGACCCCCACGGAGACGGACAUCGCUGGAGAAAACAGGAAAACAGUCGAGGAGUUUGUGGCCGGUGACAGCCAUCUGGCGGAGGUUCUGGGAACCUCUAGUACCAGCAUAGCUCCGCUGGAAGGCGGUGACGCUGACCCUGAUCUGACGAGUGACCUUGACCUCUUGAGGAAGGUGUUCGUGGGCCGAGCGGACCGUCCGACAGUAUCACCUCUGGAGCACUCUGCUCUUUGUCAGCUGAUCCAGCCCUGGGUGCUGCUGCUGAAACACGGCGUGGUGCGGUCACCUCGCACUCAGGCUGACGUCUUAUCACUGAUGGCCAACCUGUGUGGACCGGCUGACGUCACACCGCGUCACUGCGGAGACGGUGAUGUGACGUCACUGACGGGACUGGAUGACGUCAUUGUCAGCGUGCUGGAGAGCCCGGACCUCACUGAGAGGGUGGCAGUGUGCGCUGUGCAGUGCCUCACCCGCUGCUGUCGUCUUCUACCUUCCUCCCACGGCUCUGGACCCCUGUGGGACCGUCUGGCUGGACUUCUCAGCACGCGUCUUACCAAACCCACUGGGGAAGACUCCAUGGACGCUGCCGGGGAGGCGGUGCUCGCGCUGGUUCGAACAGCCAAUCAGAGGGCAGGUUACAGCCAACCGACCAAUCACAGCGAGGAUGACAGACAAGCAACCAAUGGCGACAGCGCACCACCUCAGCCGGCCAUUGGGGAGGAAGAGUGUUCGCUGAGCGGAUGGCUGUCGACCAAUCGGCUGGCUUCUGUGACUGUGACGUCACUGAUAGGGGCGGGGCCUGGCGGCCGGCGCGUCGCCCAUUGGCUGAUCGAAGAGGCGACCGGCGGGGUCUGGAGAGACAUUGAGGAAAACGUCGACCUCAGUCGGCUCCUGGCCAGCUGCUCGGACGGUGACGUUGUUCUGGACACGGCUCCCCUGCUCUACCUACUCCGUCGGCUCUCUCCGGGCCCGGGCGGGGCGCGUCGCCCCCUGCCACCCGCUCUAUGGAGGGACUGCCUGCCCCUGCUGCAGACGGCACUAUGUUCGGGGGAGUUGGCUGUCGCUGCUGCUGCUCAGAUGGUGUACCGCGCCGCUGUGGACUGUGAUCUCGCCUCCGGCUCUCCCGUCUCUGCCUCUACCGCCGUCAGCUGGCUAAGAGACGGUGCCGGCCGCUCUCUGCUCUCUCUCGCCUCCCGCACUCUGCCCGGCUCGGACCAGUCCAGCGCAGACUCCAACCUCGGCAAUGGGGAGACUGGGAUUAGUGAUGAUGAACGCACCUCGGCCAGGGCGCUUUUGAGGAGGGUCGUACGGCUGCUUUCUGGAGAGAAGCUACCAGCUGGGCCUGAGGCCCCUGCUGCUGCUGUCAUUGCUGCUGAAGGAGCUGAGCGGGAUGCAGGUAGAAGUGUUGAUCAAGAUGCUGGAUGUAAAGGAGCUGACGUUGGAUCUCAUGCCGAAGAUGCUGCUACCCACGGUAGUGGUAAAACAAGCGCUGGGAACAUCGGAAAAGACGUGACGCGGAUUCUGGUUGGGACGCAUGAUGACCUCACGAAGACUACGGAUGACGUCACUAUGACUGUCGGUGACGUCACGAUAUGUGAUAGGCUGGAGCCAGGCGCUCUAGAGGAAGUAAGAAGGCUGUGUAUGGAGGUGGCAAAGGGUGAUACCGGGGACGAAGGCCGACCACGUGACUCUGAUGCGAGACUGGAUGCGGUGUCACGUGAUGCGGUGAUAAGCAGUGUAUUGGCUCAGAGUACUGAGGAGUUUUUCGGUGGACGUGUGGGCGGGGGCGGGGGCGGCAAGGCUCAACUCCGCUGCCGCCCAGAAGUUGGGAUAGCACUGUCUGAGUUCCUAACCGCUGCUUCCGCGGUGGAGGCGACGGGCAGUGGCGAUUCAGCGACGGUGGCGUCCUCUGUAUCGGCGACCGCAGCGCCACCUGUGCCAGCCUCGGAGUGGAUAGAAGCUCUGGUUGGCCGAAUGACCGCCAGGGUGCAGGAAGUUUUCCGAUGUGCGACAAUGGAUCGGAAGAUUGACAUCCCAACUGACUGUUACUGAGGAGAAGACUCGGGUCAAAAGUCAGGUCAGUCAACUCUUGUUGUGCGACAGCUUAGUAGUAGCUAGUCUGCUUGCAUUUCGCUGCUAUCGCUGCCUCUUGGCUGGUAGUGUCGUGAAUGCAUGCCUGACAUCAGCCUUCGCCGUUUUCCCGAUCUUUGGGUACCAUGUUUUUGAUAACCGUUCAAAUGAUUUAAGGUACAAAUAAAUGCUGGUUUGUAUACAUUAGCUCUAUCUGGCUGCAAACUUUUCAAUCACAGGACGGAAGCUUCUAGUGUAGUUGAAGUAGUUGGUCAAAUGUGAUCGAAAAUCGAAUUGAGUCACGGCUGAGAUAAGGUCAUGUUUAAUGCUGAAAAUAACGUCUCCAUCAUGAAGUUAUGGACAAGUUUGAUUGCAUCACAACAUGUCUGAAACGCUACG